AUGGAGGCGCGGGCCCGGCGCGGGACUGAAAAACUGACACCGGGAGCCGGGGCCGGAAGCGCACAACUGUGGGGCGAGGAAAGACAGAGCCGGGGCUGCCGGAGAGUGGAGAUUGGGCAGGAAAAGAAACCCCCUUCCGGGCUGGCCCCGCUAACGCUCUCCAGCUCCGGACCCAGCUGCAGACACUGCAACGUACUUAACGCGCGGUCUACCGAAGCCGUUCUCUUGCCGGGAAACGUAGUUCCCAGUGUCCGCAGAGGGAGCCUGGCUUGUACCCAGAACUACAAUACCCAUCAGGCAAGGGGGAACGAGCCCUUGCCCAGGCCCCGCCUCCAGCCCGCCGCGGCCCCGCCUCCAGCCCGCCGCGGCCCCGCCUCCAGCCCGCCGCGGCCCCGCCUCCAGCCCGCCGCGGCCCCGCCUCCAGCCCGCCGCGGCCCCGCCUCCAGCCCGCCGCGGCCCCGCCUCCAGCCCGCCGCGGCCCCGCCUCCAACCCGCCGCGGCCCCGCCUCCAGCCCGCCGCGGCCCCGCCUCCAGCCCGCCGCGGCCCCGCCUCCAGCCCGCCGCGGCCCCGCCUCCAGCCCGCCGCGGCCCCGCCUCACCCCGCCUGGCCCCGCCUCACCCCGCCUCACCCCGCCUCACCCCGCUUCUUCUGGCCGGGCGGAGGCUGCGCCGUAG